AUGUCUACAGCUGCUCGUCGUCGUCUCAUGCGCGAUUUCAAGCGCAUGCAAACUGAUCCUCCCGCUGGUGUUUCCGCAUCUCCUGUUGCAGACAAUGUGAUGCUUUGGAAUGCCGUCAUUAUCGGUCCUGCAGAUACUCCCUUUGAAGAUGGAACUUUUCGACUCGUCAUGACCUUCGAGGAACAAUAUCCAAAUAAGCCUCCUGCCGUCAAGUUCAUCAGCCAAAUGUUUCAUCCUAACGUUUAUGCAACCGGAGAGUUGUGUUUAGAUAUUUUGCAGAACAGGUGGAGUCCCACAUAUGAUGUUGCGGCUGUUUUGACGAGUAUUCAAAGUCUUCUUAAUGACCCAAACACUGGCUCGCCCGCCAAUGUCGAAGCUUCCAACUUGUACAAAGACAACAGAAGAGAAUACACAAAGCGUGUUAGGGAAACGGUGGAAAAGAGUUGGGAGGAUAAUUGA